AUAAGGGAAAAUUCCCUAUAGAGAGAGUAUCUUAAAUCUGAUUAGUGUUAUUAAUUAUUGAACAACUGAGAUUCAGUUUUGAGUUCCUCACACAAGAAAAAGCAAUAAAAUUGCAGAGAAUUAAUUUUUUUAAUUGUGCAAUAGGUGUGCAAAUAUGGCAAAUAUUGUUCUUUAAUUAUUUUAUACUUUGCGCAUUGCUGUAGUAAUAAGAUACACAUUUGACUAGUUUUGUGAUACAGCAUAACAUUUCUUAUUUGAAGGCUGCUGAGUUUUUAGGCAAAAUGCUUUUGAAAGUUAUGAAAAUAUUUCCGACGAUUGAAAUUUUGUGAAAGACGUGUCAUGUUAUACAACAACAGAUCUUCUGUUGCUUUUCCUUCCGGGACUGUACUCUUCCAAGUCCUCUGGCAAACUGUUCAUUGCACUGUAAUCCACUGGAAACACAACUUCCUCACACGGUCGCGCUGCUUCACCGAAAGGCCCGAACACAAACUGGCCAGGUCCGUUGGGGUUGCGUCCGAGGAGGAAGUUCGCAAACACCAAUUUGUCCAAGAGCCUCGUCAACUUUCCUCGAGUCGAAACCCAAAAAUGAAGUGUAAAAGAAGCGCAGCUCCUCCUUUGACACCACUCCACUUGCUAUUGGGACAAUGAGGAAAUCAUGAAAUGGAAAGGGCUUUCGUUGUCGAGGUCCGGAGUAUGCAGCGAGAGCAUAAACGCCUCCAGCAAGCCGAUGACCACCUCUCUUAGCGUGCACGCCUGCGGCCCAUGCUCCUUCCAGCCGGCAAACUGGAUCAGCCGCUAGUUUCCCGAUGAAGCGGGAGGACAUGUGCCGCAAAUGGGCCGACGCGAUCGGCCGCCUCGACUGGUUCCCCACGAAGAACAGUUUCGUGUGCAGCGAGCACUUCUUGCCCGAGGACUACCAAACCAAGCCGGGCAAACUCAAGCACUUCCUCAAGGAGGGGGUGGUGCCCAGCAUUUUCAACCCGACGGCCAGACGCGGCCGCCCCAUGAUGCCCAUGUCUGACGCCAGCCCGAUGAAAGUGCCGUUCGUCUCGCCCCAGCAAAUUCAGCAGAUGAGCUAUGCAAAUGAAGGGCCUGACCUAAGUGAGAUCAUCUCUCCAAACAUCACAGUGACGCGAUCUCCCUCUAAACUGGAAGCCCUGCUGCCGGGCGGCGUCUCCAUUGUCCCUGUGAAAAAGAAGUCCUUAAAGCGCGACUCGCGCAGUCCGAUUCUGUACGAGGAGCCGCGCAAGAUGGCCAAGUUGUCGCUGCCGAACGCCCUGAACGGCUCCGUGGUGAUCACGACGAGCAAUGGCAAACCUGUUCCUAAGCUGCGGCCGAUCCUUCCACCGAGUAACGGCCACUCGUCCAAUGAUGAGUACGACGAGCCCUUGGACGUCAGCCAGUUUCUCUCCAUCAGCAUGCAGCCCGAGGACGAAAGGGUCAAGGUCAAAAGCGAGAGUAUGGUUGUAACGGCAGUGCCGCAAGAUCUCCAGCAAAGGAUCAGCCCCUCCGUCGAAAGUCUGCAGCGCAGAAACGCGGCCCUGCACGCCGAGCUGAAAAAGAGGGACGGCAUCAUCAAGGACCUGCGACUGCGGCUCUCCGCGCUCAACAACAACGUCGAUUCAACGGUCAUCGAGUUCCUUAAACGUUACUUCGACAACACUGCCUUUCAGAUCAUCGACAAUCACAUUCGCAACAAAAAGGCCAACUCGUACGCUCUUGACUGCUACUCGGAGGUCAUCAUGAAGUUCGCCGCCAACCUGUACAAGAGUUCUCCGAGGGCGUACCUGCUGGUGCGCCAACACCUGGACCUGCCCCCACCCACAUAUCUGCACAAGUGCAACUUGGUGCCCGAGCUGAACGGCGAGCAGGCCGAGUUGUCGUCCGGCUCCAACGAGUACUACGAGGACGACAUCUACCAGGAGACGGCGGUGCCCGAGCACCUGCCUGAGAAGAAUGACCUGCCUCCGCAGUCCAUCUCGGACAAGAACAUCAAGGACUUCCGUCAGUUCAACAUCAUCAUGGAGCAUGACUAAAGAAGAAGUGACUUAGAGACAAACACAAGUGCCUGAGCUCAAGCAGUGUCUUUGCAGCCGGUAUCAAGUACCAAAGCAUUAAUUAAUUUAUUUACUUCUCUCGUUAGGUACGGGUACCUCUUUCACACACACCAAAAUUUUAUCUUUCAAAUUAGCCGUGUGCUCGAACCGAAGCACCCUAUUUUUUAAUUAAGAAACAUUCAUGCAAUAAUUCAAGCAGGGUUUGACAGAGAAUGCAGUGAAUCGAUCGGUGAUAAUGUUUAUGAAAAUAAUUUUGGACUGCUUAUGUGAAAUGCCAAAAUCGUUCUUCUUGCUCUCUCGAAUACUCAUUUCAUCGAAUUCACCAACGUCAGUAAUGCAUAAUUUUGUUUAGCAAUAGACGCAAUAUUUUUUAUUCUUGUAGGUUGCAUUUCUUUGAACCACCACUAUCUUAACAUGCACGCAAUUAUUUAGUCAGGAGACUUUCUUUUAUUUUACGAACAGUUGAAACUAAUUUAAAAAAUAAAGGAAAAAUGAACAAUGUGCGUAAAUUUGUAAUAUGCCUGUACAAGAGUGGCAUCUGCUUUAACCACAUCCUAAUAUUUUGGAAUUUAGCCGUAUUUGAACAAAUCAAAUUCACAUUGAGAAGCAAUCUAGACUGAUUAAAAUAAAUUUAUACAACAAAAAGUGUCGAAAGCAGUUUUUACUGACAUAAUGUGCUUGCCCUUUUGCAAUUAUUAAAAAGAGCUACCAUUUUGAUAGAAAUGAAAGUAAUUUGUAUUAUAAAUACAGGUAGAAUUUUUGGAUUUUGCAAGAGCCGCAAGAAAGGCUUUAUAUAUCAAGUAUUUUGAAAUAUACAGCGUAGAAUAUUGUAUAUUUGCAAUAAAAUUUGUCCUUAUUAAGCAAGUA